ACCACCGAGCCGCUACGGUACACAGGAUCAAUGAGAGGCAGCGCACCGGGAUCCUAACAGUUAGCUCUGUUCCUUCUGUCUGAUACGAGUUUAACAAGAGAUAUAACACGAGUAUGGUGGCUGCUUGAAGAAGGAAAGGAUGGCACAGAAAGACACGCUGCUGAACCUCUUCGCCGGGGGAUGCAGUGGUACGGUGGGAGCCAUUGUGACCUGUCCUCUGGAAGUGUUAAAGACACGGUUGCAGUCCUCGGGCCUCACCCUCAGGCCCGUCUUCCAGGUCCAGUUGGGCACCCUAAGUGGCACAGGGGUGAUCCGACCAGGGACUGUUACACCGGGGCUGCUGCAGGUCCUACGGUCAAUUCUAGAAAAAGAGGGACCAAGAUCACUUUUCCGUGGUCUGGGGCCGAACCUCGUUGGCGUGGCCCCCUCAAGAGCCAUUUACUUUGCUGCAUACUCGAAAUCUAAAGAGGCGUUCAAUGGGCUGUUUGUGCCUAACAGUGGACUGGUGCACAUGUCGUCUGCUGGUGUUGCAGCUUUUGUUACUAACUCUCUGAUGAACCCCAUCUGGAUGGUCAAGACCAGGAUGCAGCUGGAGAAAAAAGCCAGAGGAGAGAAGAAGAUGAAUGCACUGCAGUGUGCCCGCUAUGUUUACAGAACGGAAGGGAUCCGGGGCUUCUACAGAGGCUUGACUGCAUCUUAUGCCGGCAUCUCUGAGACCAUGAUCUGCUUCCUCAUCUACGAGACACUGAAGAAACAGCUCGCCAAGAGCCAGUACGCCUCCCCGAACGGUGAACAGGAGAAAGGAGCGUCAGACUUCCUGCGUCUCAUGUUGGCAGCCGCUUUUUCAAAGGGCUGUGCGUCCUGCAUAGCUUAUCCACACGAGGUCAUACGGACAAGGCUGCGUGAGGAAGGCAGCAAGUACAAGUAUUUCUUCCAGACGGGGAGGUUAAUAGCUGUGGAGGAAGGCUAUGCAGCUUUUUAUAGAGGACUCAUUCCACAGCUAAUUAGACAAAUCCCUAACACGGCUAUCGUCCUCUCCACAUACGAACUCAUUGUCCAUCUACUGGGAGAGUCUAAGUGAAGAUGCUUGAAAGUUGGGAUCUUCCUGACAAACACUGAAUGCCACAUGAAACCCAAGACAGGCUGGGCAAAAGACUUGUGAAAAUGAAGCACACGCAUUUUGUUAAUGUGGUGCUCCAGAGACUUUUCUGGUGGAACUAAAGCAGCUUGUACUUUUAUCCAAAGAGCUAAACACAUUAUUUUAUUGAAAGCUUGUCUUUAGGAGUUUAUCGAAAUAACUGAAGAGGAUGUGGUACUGAUUAAAACUCCAAACCUGUGAAAAAGGUCAUCUUCUUAGAGGACUAGUGUUAAGUUAAACUAAAUUAAUUUAUGUUUUGUUAUUUUAUGACGGUGUUUGUUUCCUCUUAUCAGUGGUAAAUGUACCCACAGACACACAUGACUGCGCAGGUUGACUCUUUUAGUUAAUGAAGGGAAGUAAUUCAGAUGAAGUGCUGGUAAUAGUGCUGUUCCUUGCAAUGUAAUGACCACACUGAUCAUUUUUGAGAUUUUCUGUUUCACAAAUACAAUGUGCUGGUUUUGAAGUUUGAAUUACAGAGAAAUGUAUCAUAUUUUUCAUUAAUAUAAUAUAUAAACAUAUAUUAUAUACAGGCUUAUCUGUAUGUUUUCUUUGUGGGGAAAAAAGAUUUUACAAUAGAAUGACCAUUUAGAUGCUCAUUUGACCAAUGGCUCAAAAAAAUGCAUCAAGAACAUAUAUCAGUUGGUGUCUGACCCGACCGCGAUACCACUGAAGGAAUUAUUCAGCUCAUACAAACAUGAUGACAAAAUCUGAAUAUAUGCGAGACUAGUUGGCUGCUUUUGUUCUGAAGUAUAAAUGUCCUGUUGGAUUCAUUUCAUCAUAAUUUUCUACCUUGUGAUGAUUGUAAAGAUUUAGGUGAAAAACAUCUGGGAACAAAAUAAGUGUCUUCUGUCAGAGAAUUUACAGGGUUCUUACAGAGUCUUUGGAAAUUUGGCAUGCUUAAUUUUAGCAAUUGUGUUUUCAAGGUUAAGAUAGAAAAUGCAUGAAUUUGAAUAUAAUCCUUGUGUUUGAUCUUUACAAAACUGUCAUGCAAAGCAUUAAUAGCUUGAUAAGUCCUCUGUUUAUCUUUAAGUAAUCCUGAUCAAAACACGUUUAAUAUAAACGGCUGGUAAAAAUUAUGUAGGUAGAUUCCUUGAAAGUGCUUGAAAAAUGCUUGAAUUGUACUCUUAAAAAACUGUGGGAACCCUGAAUUUAAGUUUAUCCCACUGUACUACUUUGGUACAGGGUAGUCUGUUUAUGCCAUGACUGAACAUCAAGAUUUUUUUUUGUUUUUGAUUUUCUGAUCAUUUUCAUCCCCUUCCUGUAAUGUGUUACUAUAUUUUUCAGUAAUUCUUCACAUUCAGUUAAAGACUCAAGCAAGUCUUCCACAUGUGCUUAUAAAAAGUACUCACACCCUUGGACUUUUUCAUGCUUUAUUGUUUUACAACAUAGAAUAUUAGUAGAGCUCAGCUAUUAUAAAGUUGAGCACAUUAUUGCACAAGAAAAGACUUGAUGCCAAAGUGAAAGGAAAUAUGUAC